UCUCUUCCACGUAAAGUUACUCCGUUCCGCGUAUUGACAAAUUCUGCUCAUUUUAGCAUUUUUCUGGUUGUAGGUCAGGUGGUAGUAGGAACAAGGUUGCAAAUUAUACUGAAUCUAGACUAUCUAGUCUGCGGGAUUCAUUAUUUAACUGCUUAUUUGUAAUUUGUAACUCUUAAAAUCUGCUGUCGUUUCUUUGGACGCUCAUGACCAUGGGGGGUUUUUAGUCUACUCCAGCUUUUCCCUGCCUCCAUGAAGUACAUGGCGUUCACAGUGAGACAUGUGACUAGGCGCUUGGUUGCACCGCUCACUUUCAAAUAAUACGACAACGGCCGAACACGGCAGCGCUUUGAACAGACGUGUCUUAUCAUUUACUUACGAACUGUGUGUGAUCAAAUAUAACAUCUCAGGACAGUAAGAAUGGCUGACAACUUUGAUUAUAAUGUCAUGGGAAAGACAAGUGCCAAUCGCAAAUGUUCUCGCGGAAAUGUCUUGGUGUUCAUAUUAUUUGCUCUGUUGAUUGGGGUGGUAAUUUUCAUCGCUCUAACAUACGCCUUCAAAUGGCAAUGCGAUGAUGAUGAAAACGAGCACACAUCUCAAACAAAUAACCCCUUAUCGUUCCUCCUGUUCUCUGAUAUCCACCUUGAUCCAUGGUACAAAGCUAUGGCUGGAGACAAGUACUGUAGGAAUACGAGUAUACAAAGCGCUUACAAUGCUUCGUAUGGAAGACCGGGUUGUGAUUCACCUUUGAAGUUACUUAAUGAAGUAUUGAAUGGCAUGAAGAGUGUUCGAGCAAAAAAUAUAACAAAAAUGGACUUUGUUAUGCUAUCAGGUGACACGUGUGCUCAUGGAAUCACAACAAACAGGAGGAAAAACGCGCUUGGGAUUAUGAAGAUAACAUCACAAGCAGUCAAAUUAGCAUUUCCGGACAUUCCUUAUUUUCCAAGUAUUGGUAACAAUGAUCUUCCAGGACAUUAUGUAAUGCCUACUGAGAAUGAUACGUGGUAUUCUGAUCUCCUGGAAAUCUGGAAAGACGGCAUAUUGUGUACAAACUGUACAAGGUCGUAUCCAACGACGUCUUUGGAUGAACUGCAGAAGACAUUUUUAUAUGGAGGGUAUUACAAGGUGUCGAUUGCAGAUGGGAGCAUGACAUUACUUGUUCUGAACUCCAUGUAUUGGACUAAAAGUACCUGGAUAUCAGCUGAUUAUUUCCAAGAGAGAGCAAACAAACAAAUAGCAUGGUUAAAAGAACAGUUGGAAUUAGCGAAUUCGACGGGGAAAAAAGUUAUUAUUACGAGCCAUAUACCCCCUGGGAUAGAUACCUUCGCCGAAAAGACUCUGUGGUUAAGUAAUUUUACUGAAUUAUACAUGGAUCUCGUUGCAAACAAGUUUAGUGAAGUUGUGGCAGGUCAAAUCUAUGCCCAUUUCCACAAAGACAGUUUCCGUUUUCUCCAAGCAGACAAGAAAAACGAUUCAUUGUCAUCGUACAUUCUGCUAAUGCCGUCUGUAUCUGUUGUGUAUAAAAAUAAUCCUAAUUUCCGCAUCGUUCAUCUGGACCCAGACCGUCAAGCAAUCACUGAUUACGAACAAUUUUACAUGAAUCUUGUUAUUAUAACAGAAUUUAACAACCCGAUAUGGCAACUAGACUACAAAUUUUCAACACGAUAUCCACCAACUGGAGAUGAUGACAAAGUUAUCAAUGGCAAAAGAAUAAAGCAUCUUAGUGAUAAUCUUAUCAGCCAAACAAACGAUAGUUUCUUCAUUGGUUUUAUCAGUUCACGACAAGUUCGCUAUCAACCUGAUUCUUUUUCUCGAUUCAAAUAUUAUUGCGCGGUGACAUAUUACAGUCAGAAAGAUUAUGAUGCGUGCAACACGAAGUAUCCUGUACAGGGCGGAUAAUAGUGCCAUGUUUUUUCAAUUAGCUACUUUGAUUUAAUAAAUGCACCCUAGCUCUCAACAACUCUCAA